AUGUGUCAUAAGCAGCCGGAGGGGGAGACACCAGGCUCUCUGUGCGCUGGCAGCCCCGGACCCCGGCCUCCACAAGCUGACAGACCAGGGCUGGUCCGCUCUGUGAGGUCUCAGAAGGAAAAUCUCUUCCUCAGUGUGAAUGAUGGCAGCUCCCUGCAGCCCCUGCAGAUUGUCUGCAGUUCAACACCAUGAAUUCCGUUGCUCACAUUUGGAAGUGCUAUUGAAGCUACGGGUUGCCUUAAGAAAAGUCCAAACCCGAAACAGCCAGUUGAACUUCAAGCAGAGCGAAUCCAUGUGGUUGGGAAAUGUAACCCUGUUGAUUUCCCCUUCAAAAUCAAAGAGAGACAUGGCCUUGAGUAUAUUCCAUUUCCUCAUCUGAGAUGUAGAACAAAUGUGUUUAGUUCCCUGUUGAGGAUACGGAGCGAGGCUACGGCAGCAAUCCAGUCAUAUUUCAAGGAGAAUGGCUUUGUGCAGAUUCACACCCCAGUGAUCACAUCGAAUGACUGUGAAGGGGCAGGGGAGCUCUUUCAGGUUGAGGCAACCAUCUGUCCGAACCAACGAGGAGGAUCACAACUUUUUUCUGUCCCAGCUUUCCUAACUGUGUCUGGCCAGCUGCAUUUGGAGGUGAUGUCAGGGGCUUUUUCUAGAGUCUACACAUUUGGGCCAACUUUCCGUGCAGAGAACUCCCAAAGCAGGCGCCACCUGGCUGAGUUUUACAUGGUGGAGGCUGAGGGUCUCCUUCACACAUCCUUAGAGGAUCUCACCAAGGUCAUGGAGGACAUGUUCAGGUCUGCCACAGAGCAUGUGUUGGCUCGCUGUGCUGAGGGAUGUGGAUUUUUCACAAAGCAUGUGACUCCUGGACACAGGGAAAAUGUGGAAUCUAUGUUGAAGAGGAAAUUCAUCGUGGAUUAGCUACAGGAGGCAAUAGACAUCCUCAACUCCAGCUCUGAGAAAUUUGUCUUCUCUCCACAGUGGGGUUGCGACCUGCAAACAGAGCAUGAGAAGUACCUGGUGAAACAUUGUGGCAACAUUCCAGUCUUUGUCACUGAUUAUCCCUACGACCUGAAGCCUUUUUAUGCAAGAGACCAGGACCAUCCCAGGCAUACACUGCAGUGGGACCGUCUGGUGCCAGGAGUUGGAGAGCUCUGUGGGGGCUCGCUGAGGGAGGAGAGGGCUGGAUCUGCUGAGGGCCAGGCUAGCGCACUACAGAGCAAAGUCUGCAGAGUCGGGCUGGCUAUAGAGGACACCUACAGCUGGUACUUGGAUUUGAGGCGGUUUGGCUCUGUCCCUCAUGGUGGCUUCGGAAUGGGAUUUGAAAGAUAUCUGCAGUGCAUUCUGGGGGUUGACAAAAAAGAUGUGAUUCCUUUUCCCAGAUUUUCCCAUUCUUGUAUUCUAUAAAACACACUGGGAAAUUAAAACAUUUUUUUUUGUCAUUGACAUCAUGUUAUAGUAAUAUAUUAUUUGUUUUUGCUACUUGAACAGCUUGAAAUAAACACAAUAUUUAACAUAUUUGUCAUUACUGA